AUGGAGCAAAGGAGGAGUGUCGAGACAGAUCUCAGGUUUGAAGAAGAGCAGCCCUUCUGGCUUCCAGGCCAGCUACCUUCCCCAGCUCCCGCACCCCUCCCAGCAUCCUGGCUUGUCUCUCCCACAGACAGGAAACUGCCAACCUGUCUUCGAAAGGGACUGUAUCAUUUUGCAUUUCCACCAGCGAUGAAUGACAGUUCUUGUUGCUCCGCAUCCUCCUCAGCCUUUGCUGCUCUCAGUUCUGGAUGUUGUCCACUCAUCUCCAGCAAGAGGAAGCUGAUUAAUACUAUCAAGUUGGCAGCCACGCCUGAGGCGGUGCCAAGUGAAGGACCUGCUCGAGGGAGGACCCCGAGACCAAAGGGCUUCCACAUAGAUCAACUCUUUUACCCGUGGCUCUUUGCUGCAUUUUGCCUGAGUGUGCUUUUGCUGUUCACAUGGAUAGAGACCUCAAACGAACACAAUGGCUUUGACUGGGUCGUUUUUCUAGGUACAGGAGUCUGGUUCUUCUGGUCCCUUGUCUUGCUGAGUUUAUUUUGGAUCCUGGCUAUCUACAUGUCAUUGCUGUUGGCACUUGGACUUUUGUUGUGUUGGGAAGGGAGGGAACUCUCCCUGCACUGGUGUCAUAAGGUCCUGAUUCUGCUAGUGGUUGGAAUAUGCUCGUUUUUUUUCUGGCUCCUAUUCACUUACUGGAAAGAGAGGUGGCUCACCAUUGGGCUGUCCCUGCAGAUCUUCGCUCCCUACAUCCACCUGGGCAGCAUAUCUAUGAUGGUUAUGGUCGCCUGGCCUGUGGCCUUCUACGUGGUCCAUUUGGAAGGAGAAGCUAAAAUCAGAAGAUACAAGAUUACAAGUAACGAAAGAAGAAGAAAUAAGAUGUGUAAUAUGAUCACAAAGUUGAGAGCUCUACAAGUGGCUGUUGUAUUGCCCUUUUUCCUUAUCCUUUUAUGUCUCUAUGUGGUGCCCUGGGGGAAUCAUUCUCCCUGCAUUCAAGAGAAGGAUAAAUUGGGACCCAAGCCGAGCUUCUUUGGACAUAGAGGUGCACCCAUGCUGGGGCCUGAGAAUACCAUGAUGUCCUUUGAGAAAGCUGUGGAAGAAGGUGCCUUUGGGCUGGAGAGUGAUGUACACAUAAGUAUGGAUAGAGUACCUUUUCUCAUGCAUGAUUAUGACCUGAGAAGAACAACCAACAUCAGGGAGGUCCUGCCAAAUGCCUCCCUCCAGCACCCUGGCUUUUUUGGUUGGUAUUUCUUGUCGACUCUGAAUGCAGGCAAAUGGUUUUCUCAUUCAUGGGUCAAACCAUUUUACCGUAUGAAAUCCCUAUCAGAAGCUGAUAGAGAAAAAGCAAGUAAACAGAAGAUUCCAAAAUUCAUGGAAUUAUUGAAACUUGCACAGAGGGAAAAAAAAUUGGUGAUAUUUGAUCUUAAUGUUCCUCCACGACAGCAUCCUGCCAGAUCCGCAUAUAUCCAAAUUGCAGUGAGAGAGAUCCUUGACUCGCAAAUUGAGCAACACCUGAUUAUUUGGUUACCAGGUUCUCAAAGGGAGUAUGUCAGGAGCAGAGCUCCUGGUUUUCAGCACAUUGGCCGGUUAUUCACCAUUGAACAACUUACAAAACAAAAUAUCACUAGAAUAAAUGUUGACUACAAGAGGUUGUUCUACAAUGGGUUGAGAGAAUAUAAAGCAGCUAACAUCAACAUCAACUUGUACGUCAUCAACGAACCUUGGCUCUUCUCACUGGCCUGGUGCUCCAGGAUUCAGUCAGUGACCACAGACAACAUUCAGGUCCUGAAUAAGAUCAAUCACCCUUACUACUUCAUGACACCAAAUUUCUAUAUGUUGAUGUGGAUUCUCAUGGAUUGUGCUUCUGCAAUUUUCAUUGUUGCCAUAUUUUAUUUUCAUUGGUGGAGAGAGAGCCAAAGUGAAAAAAUCCUCAAAGGUAUCAGCAGUUAUGCAGGUAAAGUCAGAGGCCUCAUGGACUCCCAUCUCCUCCCCCCUACCCAGGUUCUGGAGGGCCCUUGGUCUUUAAAGGCUUUAUUUCCUGCAUUAGUAACAUAUUGA